CACAUGCAAUUUCAAAUGCUCCACGUUCUCACAAGCACGUGAGCUGCCCCAUAGAUUCAGAAGAUUCAAGGAACCUGGGUGUUAGGCUGAAGCAGCCUCUACCGGGGUGUCAACUCACGCGACAACUUUUGUCGUGAAGGGAUGCUCAGGUCUUUUCUUACCCUGUCUCUUCUAUCCUCCUUUUGGUUACCAUGCCAUGGGUAUUUCAGCCAGGGAUGGCAGCCGGGCCAACCAGUGACCAAGUUCUUGGCCCCCACCUCCACCACCACCGCGGAAAGCGCGUUUCCGACCGACCCAGGAACUGCGCCCGUGAAAUCUCAUAGCUGGAAGGAUUUCAAGUUGGGUUUGGAAGACAUGCUGACAUCUGGGCCCGUGUCAUCGGUGCUCAUGCGCUUCGGGUUCAACAUCUCCGAAAAACUCGCCCUCGCUCGAGAAGGCGUGCCCCCUCGAUUUGCACGUGAGAUACCCCUAAUAACGGAUAGCAACUAUGAAGACAUGAUCCACAAUGAGGACUUUACGUCACUGGAGGAGGAAAAGAAUCGCGUGUGGGCUAUUCUUGUUUCUGUGGGUAGCCAAGAUCCUGUCUCCCAUUUCUUCGACCAAACGUUCGAUGGUGCGCACAAUCUCACCGUUCAAGUCGGGGAUGCGGACCAUAUUCGUUGGGGGCGCGUCGAUUACUUGGACGUCACUGACAUUACAACUCGAUGGGUCAUUUGGAGGGCACCAGUCCUAGUCAUUGCGACCGACCGCGGCUUGACGCUCCGAUUCUUCAAAAUCGGAGCGCUUUCGCGGAUGAAAAGCCCAGAAGAAAUGCGCCACUUUGUCAUCAGUCGUGAAUGGGAACAAACUACCCCCUGGUCAGGACCAUGGAGCCCCCGAGGAAGUCGUGCUGGGUUCCUUGCCAGAUACGCAAAGAUGUCUACCAUGAUUUACACCUACUUGAAUUCGAUCCCCCGUUGGCUGUUGCUCCUAGUGACCGCGACGACUGCAUCUGCUCUCAUCCAAUUCUUACAUGCUAAUGACGCCGAAGAAGCGAAAGCACGAAAGAAAAUCAUUUCCACUGUUACUGAUGCGAAGGAAAAAGACCGGGAAAAACAAGAGGAGGAUCCCCAAAAUUUGAAAGGGAAGACUAGUGUGAAGACCAACAACCCCCUGACGAAGAGGAAGAGGAGGGAGUAAUGAUCCAUGCCGAUUCCCUUCUGCACGCCGGUCCGGCGCUACUGGGAUAUUGUUUUGUAUUUAGUGUACACAUUUGUGAGUGUGCUUUACUUAGAUUGAUUGUGUGUAUUGCUAUGUGCUAUGACACAUUUUUGGGUAUUUCCUUUCUCGGUAUCUCAGCAUUUUCUCGAGGGCUUAUUU